UCGGUUACCUGUUCACCAACAAGUUUAGAUUGUUGGCCAGGAGGGUGAAGGACGCGAAUCGAGAAAGCAGCCGCAGGAUUUGGAUUAUUAGAUUCAAACGAAAGCGGUGCAUUCUCUUUUUUUCUUUUCCGAAUGAUUGACAUCUUUACUAGAGAAACAUUGACAGCUUGUUUAAACAUUUGGUUAGUUGUUAGCAAAAAUGAUUCUAAAACCGGAGAAGGUAGCGCGCGCGCGCUCUCUCUCUCUCUCUCUCUCUCUCUCUCUCUCUCUAUCUCUCUCUAAAAAGUCCUUUGCCUCCCGCCCCGGGAGGCCACCACCGAGAGAAGAGAGGAGAGGAGAGGAGAGAGAGGAGAGCUACCAACCCCCCCAGAGUUCCUCCGUCUCUACCAACAGAGCGAGAAGGAGCAGAAGCAGCACAGGAUGGUGGUAUCCACCUCCUCCACGGCGUCCUCGCCUCCGAUCCCCAAGGGAGGAGGAGGAGGCCGCCGCCAGCCUCCUCGCGUCCUCUCCAUACCCGUGCGCUCCAGCCGCCGCCGCUCCCUCUCCGCCUCCGGCGGCCCCGAUCGUUCCGGCGUGCCCGUGCCAGCCUCCCGCGACCCCAUCUCGCUGCCUCGGCCUCUGACGAGCGCGGAUCUGAUGGAGCCGAGUGGGGACGGAUUGAAGGUCGCCUACCAGGGUUGCCCCGGAGCCUACAGCGAGGCGGCCGCCAAGAAGGCCUACCCGAGUUGUCACACCGUGCCCUGUGAAUACUUCGAGACCGCCUUCCAGGCCGUCGAAGGAUGCCUUGCUGAUCGGGCAGUAUUACCUCUUGAGAACUCCUUAGGUGGUAGCAUACAUCGCAACUACGACCUUCUACUUCGUCAUAGGUUGCACAUCGUUGGUGAGGUACGGCUUGCAGUUCGGCAUUGCUUGCUGGCAAAUCAAGGCGUCAAGAUUGAAAACUUGCGAAGCGCUAUGAGCCAUCCCCAAGCACUUGCACAAUGUGAACAAACACUGACCAAGUUAGGAAUCGAGCAUAGGGAAGCUGUUGAUGAUACAGCAGGUGCUGCAAAGCUUAUUGCGGAACAAAAGCUCCAAGACACUGCUGCGGUUGCUAGUUCAUUAGCUGCUGAACUCUAUGGACUGGAUAUUCUUGCAGAAAACAUACAGGAUGACACAGACAAUGUUACCCGCUUUAUGAUGCUGGCUCGAGAACCCAUUAUUCCUCGCACGGACAAGCCAUUCAAGACUAGCAUAGUCUUCUCUCUAGAAGAAGGACCUGGUCAACUCUUCAAAGCACUUGCGGUGUUUGCUUUGCGAAAAAUCAAUCUCACAAAGAUGGAAAGCCGCCCACACAAGAAAAGGCCUCUACGCAUAGCUGAUGACAAUUGCUCUGCACCGCUAAAACACUUUGACUACCUCUUCUAUGUCGAUCUUGAGGCAUCAAUGGCUGAUCCAAAUGCUCAAAAUGCUCUUGGAAACUUGAAGGAAUUCGCCACUUUCCUGAGAGUUCUUGGGAGCUAUCCUACAGAUGUGAGUGAAGCUUGAGCCGUCAAGUGUGUGCUUGAAUCGGACUACAAGCUUGUCCCUUCUAUGGCUUCCUCAUAGUUGAGGAAGAUAUCUUUUUUUAGGUAGCGGUGAAGAGAUGUUGAUUAUUUUUGCAAGUCCACAGUUGAUUGUGGUUAUUACUCCCACACCCUGGGGGACAGGACAAAACGAAGCAUGUCAUUGGUUCAUUUGUGGUUGAAGUAUCGCUGGGGAAUGUCACCUCCAAUUCUGUUCAUGUCAACCCACACAAUAAUGUAUAGCAUCUUGGCGUUGUAAUUUUUAGAACCCAAGUCAACUAAUUUUGUACAUGUGUUGUAUCUGUGACAAUGUGCUCAAAGCAUGUACGCAUUUUUCUAGUAUUA